AUGCAGUGCGUCUCCCAAUCUGGUGUUGUCGGCUGCCAACAAUGCGUCAUGGCUGCCGCUGCAGACGCCAAAUGGGCCAUAGCCGUCAUUGUCGAAAAGAAGAGCUACGGGAUCUACUUUGGUACUUACUUUUUUUAUGCACCAGCCGUCGCCAGCCCACAGCGACAGGUAAUUGUGGAUUGCAUUGAUUGA